UUCUCUCUCUCUCUCUCUCGCUCUCUCUAGAAGGACCAGGGAAAGAAGGGUUUUAGCAUAAACCCUUUGGGAACCGAAUAGCAAUGGCUUUGACUAUGAGAGCGGCGGCGGCGGCAGCGGCGGGGCCCACUCGCGGCUUGAGACGGCUGUUCUCGACUGGCUUCGUUCCUCCGAUGAACUCUCCGCCGCCUAAUCCUCGAGUAGAGGCCGAACCAAGCACCAACCUCUUCGUCUCCGGGCUUAACAAGCGUACUACCUCAGAAGGACUACAUAAAGCCUUUUCUGCAUUUGGUGAAGUAGUUCAAGCUCGAGUGGUGACUGAUCGGGUAUCAGGAUUCUCCAAGGGAUUUGGUUUUGUAAGGUAUUCAACCUUAGAAGAUGCUGCCAAAGGCAAACAAGGCAUGGAUGGACAGUUUCUGGAUGGUUGGGUUAUAUUUGCUGAAUAUGCAAGGCCCAGAACAACUACACCACCUCCUGAGAACAAUUCAACUCAGUAUGGCCGUUACUAAUUCCAGUAUUCAAAACGACAAGGUUAUUCAUUAAUAUAUUUGUCAGGCGGACUCUUUGAUCCUGUUUCAUAAUUUGGUCCUCUUGAUUCCUUGAUUCUUAAAAUGGAGGAGAUGAUCCUAAUCUGAGAACCAAUAAGGUUGGAAAUCAUGUAUUAAGAUUGUCUGUUUAAGACAACGUGAAAGAACCCUUUCAUUUAGUGGAACAUGUAGAACUUGUAUUGAUCUAUUCUUAAUUUAUUCCAGCUUUCCCAUGA